AUGUCUUUUCUAAAUGGUUGGAGUUUACUAAUGAAUAGUGUGGAAAGAUUUUGUGUCGUUGCAUUCCCAAUGUAUUACUAUAUUCAUAGUAAACGAUUAAUCUUUGCAUUAAUUACCAUACAAUAUGCAAUCACCGCCAUUGCAGUGAUUUUUACCGUUGUCGCAAGUUUAAUUGAACCGAAGCGAUAUAUAUCGCAUUUUUGCAUGAUGCACAGUGUCUACAGCUCUUAUUUUUAUGUCACUCUGACAUUAAUGAGUUCCAUUGCUUCAUUAUUUAGUAUUGUCAUAAUGCUAUAUUUGGCUUCAAUUGAUUUUGCAAUUCAGUGCAAUUUGAUUCAAACGAAUUUUAUGAGCAUUGCUGGAAGGUUUGGAGCUCAGUUUCUUUCAAAGAAUUCAUGCAAUCGCGAUUUGACACAAUUUAUCAAGAAUCAAAAGCGAUAUACUCAUACAGCACUGAUUUCUUGUUGUUUUACAUUUUUUCUUGUUGUGUUACCAUCAAUGGUGAAAUGCGUUUACGUGUUGGAUGCUUCUAAAAGGUCACCGAUUAUUGUGAUGCUUUGCGUGUAUUUACCACUCUUGAAUUCCUUUAAUAUGGUACUGUUAUUCAUAUAUCGGCAAAAAGAUCUUCAAAAUGCUGUAAUUCAUGGCAUCAAAUGGUUGUUUUGCAGACAGAAACAACAUAUUCAACCGGCCAAUACUGUUGGAUUUUUAGAAUAA